CUCCACGAGCAUCCGAUAAAAAAAGCAGAGGAGCUUUGGCAGAGUGUGAGAAGCAAGCAGAGGAACUUUCUGACUGACGAUGGGCACGCCGACGACGACGACUCUAGCGGCUCUGCCGGCGCUGUUGCUGUGCGUCUCCAUGUCAUCCUUGUCCGGCUGCUUGGCGGCGGCGACUUACAAGGUGGGCGGGCUGGACGCGUGGGGUUUGCCGCCGUCCACCAAGCCGGACGUGUACGUGCGGUGGUCCAAGUCCGUCCCCGUCAAGCUCGGCGACGCCCUCUUCUUCCUCUACCCGCCCAGCCAGGACAGCGCCGUCCAGGUCACCGCCAAGGCCUUCGCCGCCUGCGACGUCUCCGACCCGCUGCUCAAGCUGGAGGACGGCAACUCCGUCUUCAACCUCACCAAGCCCGGGCGGGCCUACUUCACCAGCGCCGCCCCGGGCCGCUGCCGCAAGGGCCAGAAGCUGUCGGUGGACGUGCCUGGCGCCGAUGGGAAGCUGCUCAAGCCGUCGGCGGACGACGAGGCCGCGCUCAAGGCGCUCUCUGCGCUGCCGCCUGCCGCUGCCCCGUCCCCGUCCGAGGCGCUCCCCUCGCUCUCGCCCGGCCCCGACGACGACGACUCCUCGGCUGCCUCCAUGGCCGUGCACCGGGCCGCCGGAUCCGCUCUGUCUCUCCUCGCCGCUCUCAUCCUCCUGUGGAUGUGAUGUGAGAUGCUCUUCUUCUUCUUCUUCUUCUUCUUCUUCUUCCUCCCAUCCAUUCCAAUUUCUUUUUUUUUGUCAGAUGAGAAACAUGAAUUGAAUUGUACUGUACUGUACUCCGGAGUAGUAAUUUACUAUUUGUUUGGAUUGGAUUAUAAGUACAGUAUAAUUGAUUGAUUGAUGCGGAUUUCUUUUUUCUUGAA